CUCUCUCUCUCUUCCUGUCCCUUCUCUGGUGGGAGAUUAAAUGGAAGGAGCUGAGAGCAAAAAGAAGCCUUAGAAAGUAGGAGGAGGAGAGUGAGUGAGAGAGAGAGAGAGAGAGAGAGAGGAGAGGAGGACAAGGGUGCGGGUGGGGUGAUCGAUCGGAUCGAGCCAUCGAGGGCCCUGCAGCAACAGUAAGAGGAGAAGAAGAAGGAGGUGGGGGAGUGAGGGUGCAUCGCCGACCGUGUCUACAUCCCUCUGCUCCCUUUCGUUGUCUCGCUCGCUUCCUUCCUUUGGGAGACACCGAUUCAUCUCAGCUUUUGUCUUUCUGUUCUCGUCGUCUUCUUUUUGUAUCAGCGGCACAGCCAUACACUAACUUUGUUCUCUUAGGCGGCUUCCUCUUCAUACCCUUCCACAGGAAGAACCAACGUUGUCGAAGGUGAGAAUUGUGAUCAUGCCUGGCCCAUACAGCCGCCAAAGAUAGCACAGCCACGGAGUUUGAGCGACCAAAGCCAUGACGACAACACAUGCAUGCCUACCAACCCUUCGUUGAGACCAUCUCUCAUGGCUGUCGCUGUCGAUCACUGCCAUGGCUUCAAGCCCCCGAUUUGGAGCCGCCGAUGCCGUCUCCGCUCCUUCCCCCACCCCAACCCGCCCCUCCUCGACCCCGAGCCGGCUGCCCCUGGCCUUCCUCUUCGGCGCACCCCAAAGUUCUGCCGGAGCCUCUCCACCCCCUGCCUCUACUCCACCAGCGCCAUCGGCCCCGACGAGCCCAGGCGCGACCACACCGCCCGCAUUGAGAUCGUCGCCGGACGGCAGUCGCGCACCAUCCACGCCCUGGUCGCCGAAGCGGCCAUCGCGUUGGCCUUCGGCGCCACGCCGGUCCCCGUCUCCGAAGGGCUCAGCGCGGCGCACUACCUGUUCAAUCGCUUCGGGCAGAGCUUCGCGGUCGUCAAGCCUGUCGACGAGGAAGCGCCGGCCCUGAGCGUCGUCGGCCGCCCCAGCUGGAAGCACUCGACGCACGCUAGUGAGACGGGAGUCCGCGAAGUCGCCGCUCACCUCCUCGAUCACGACGGGUUCGCUGGCGUCCCGCCCACAGCCCUCAUCGUGAUAUCCCGGCCAAUCUCCGGUUCCUCCCAAGGCGAUCCCACCGCACCGCUCGCCAACCAGACGCCGGAGAGGAAGAUAGCAUCGAUUCAGCGAUUCAUGCCGCAUGACUUCGACGCGGGCGAGCUCGGGCCGUCGAGGUUCUCCGUCUCGUCCGUGCAUCGUAUCGGCAUCCUCGACGUGCGGCUUCUCAACGUCGAUCGCCAUGCCGGGAACAUCCUCGUCAAGAAAGGGAGCGGUGGCGGCUGUUACGACGGCUGCACCGGUGACUCCAUGGCCGAGCUCGUGCCGAUCGAUCACGGACUCUGCUUGCCCGAGCUGCUCGACGACCCCUACUUCGAGUGGCUCCACUGGCCGCAGGCAUCGGUGCCCUUCUUUGAAUCGGAGGCAGAGUACGUAGCAUCACUAGACCCAUUCGGCGACGCCGAGCUCCUCCGAGUAGAGCUGCCAUCCCUGCGGGAAUCAUCCCUAAGAAUCCUCGUCAUAUGCACCAUCUUUCUCAAGAGAGCGGUCGUGGCCGGCCUUUGCUUGGCCGACAUCGGGCACAUGAUGACUCGAGAAUUCUCCGGCUUAGAGGAAGGCCCCAGUGAGUUCGAGGCCCUCUGCAAGAGAGUGGAGGACUGCAUGAAGAACACCACGCUCUCCCCAGAAGACGACGGCAACGAGGAAGUGAGCAGCGGCGACGAGACCUCAGAAGUCCAGUUCGACAUGGACGACGCCGACGGGAGCGGCGCCGAGGACGCGCUCGACGUCGCGCUGCUGCUUGGGAAGGAUCGGAAGAAGGACUAUGCCAGUGAGAACGGCGACGGCAGCGACGAAGGUAGCGUGACGGAGCACAAGCUGGGGGGAUUCGGCAAGAGCUUCAGCUUCUCGGUGGCAUACUUCAACCAUGACGGAAGCAGGAGCAUAUCUUUCGAAGGGUUGAACGAGGAGGAGUGGAGUCUGUUCCUGGAGAGGUUUGAGGAUCUCUUGCCUGAAGCAUUGGAGGCUAGGAAGAGCAUGGGAUCGAAGCAAAGGCUGGGAACCUCGUGCAGGUUCUAAGAAGCAUUUCUGCAAAUGACUCAU